AUGGUGAUGAAAAAUGAGUUGGAGGAUCUCAUUAGGGAGGCCGUCUGGUCCUGGGCUACUUGUUCAUGGAGAGUGAGACACACCUUCUCGUAUGUCUUCAAUGCAAAGUUCAGCAGUCAGAGAGGAACAUACGGUAUCAGAGAGGCAGAGAUCGUUGGGAAGGUGGCGAAAAAGAAGUGGCAGCUUCAGUCAUGCCAUCAGGCUCAGUGUUUUGGUGAUGUUCUUUCAGGCUUGGCAUUCUGCAACUGUUUGCUUGAGGUAUUCUGCGGAGAUCUCUCCAUUCUCUCGCCAAUGUUUGCCUGCACGCAGGGCAAGAAUUUCCACUCUCUCCAGCUGGACUUGUUGCAACUGUCUUUCAAUAAUGGGCAAUUGGAAGUUUUGGGCGGGUUGUUGUCUGAACUUGUGGAUUAA